CCGCGGCCCGAGCCGCCCCGGCCGGGCCCCCAAGCGAGGCCGAGAUGACUUCCAAGGAGGACGGCAAGGCGGCGCCGGGGGAGGAGCGCCGGCGCAGCCCUCUGGACCACCUGCCGCCGCCCGCCAACUCCAACAAGCCCCUGACGCCGUUCAGCAUCGAGGACAUCCUCAACAAGCCGUCGGUGCGGAGAAGUUACUCGCUGUGUGGGGCGGCGCACCUGCUGGCCGCCGCCGACAAGCACGCGCCGGGCGGCUUGCCCCUGGCGGGCCGCGCUCUGCUCUCGCAGACCUCGCCGCUCUGCGCCUUGGAGGAGCUCGCCAGCAAGACCUUUAAGGGGCUGGAGGUCAGCGUCCUGCAGGCAGCCGAAGGCCGCGAUGGGAUGACCAUCUUUGGGCAGCGGCAGACGCCCAAGAAACGGCGAAAAUCACGCACGGCCUUCACCAACCACCAGAUAUACGAGUUGGAGAAACGCUUUCUGUACCAGAAGUACCUGUCCCCGGCAGAUCGCGACCAAAUUGCGCAGCAGCUGGGCCUCACCAACGCACAGGUCAUCACCUGGUUCCAGAAUCGGCGCGCCAAGCUCAAGCGGGAUCUGGAGGAGAUGAAGGCCGACGUGGAGUCCGCCAAGAAACUGGGCCCCAGCGGGCAGAUGGACAUCGUGGCACUGGCCGAACUGGAGCAGAACUCGGAGGCUUCGGGCGGCGGUGGCGGCGGCGGCUGCGGCAGGGCCAAGUCUAGGCCCGGUUCUCCCGCGCUGCCCCCAGGCGCCCCGCAAGCCCCGGGCGGUGGGCCCUUGCAGCUCUCGCCGGCCUCUCCGCUCACGGACCAGCGGGCCAGCAGCCAGGACUGCUCAGAGGACGAGGAAGACGAAGAGAUCGACGUGGACGACUGAGCGGCGCCCUGGACCUUCUGCCUCCCGGGCCCCCAGCGCCCGCAUGCCCGCCGCCCCCCGGACCGGACCGCGAAGGGGAGCUGGGACCUCCUCUGCAUCUCCUGCCUCCACCCUUGUCCCGGGGCCCCGACUUGGCUCCUGACAGCCGCCUCUUCCCUCUCGAAGCAAUAAAUCCGGGCCGGCCGGCGGGGCCGGCCGCCACAAGCGGCCUCCGCCGCCCCGGAAGCGCUCGCCGCCGCCGUGCAAUUCUGUAUGGCUUCUGUAUAAAUAUUUAAGCCUAUAUAAGGGGUUCCUCCCACCGCAGCCUGAUCUUUUUCUUUAUUUUAUUUUACUAUUAUUAUUUUUUUUUAAUCUCAGAGAUUUCGAUGUUUUCAAAGCCCGGGUGCUACCGGGUCGGCUGACGGUGAGGCGGACUCGAGAGCGGCGAACACUAACUCCUGCGGUCUAGAAGCUGUUUUCAUUUUUUCUCUGCAUGUGGCGAAUGCACCGGUUCGCUCACUCCCUCGGCCUGUUACAGUUGACUUUUGAUUUCCUUCUGCCUUUUUUUUUUCCCUGCGUGAGAAGGGGGUGGGGGGACAGCCCGACCUUGACUUGCAAGUUUCAAAAUCGAUCUCUUCUUUCCCCAGCAAGAGAAGUCUGUUUUCGAUGGCGUGUCUGCCUCCCGAUGUCCGCUAUUUUUAAAAUUUCUCCAAACCUUCUUGCAUUUUCUCGGACUGACUGCUGGAGUCUGGCUUUUAGGGAAAAAGCAAGGGGACAUCUGACCAAUCAUCGAAAACAGAACCCAAAGCCCUAGAAUUAUUUUUUACUCUUUUUAGAUUUUUUUCUUUUUUUGCAUGUGACAGAGACCGAAAGAAGGGCGACCCAAGCUCACCCUCACCUCCUCUGCAGCUCUGGUUCUGUCUGUCAGUCUCUCUCUCUCCCGUCUCAACUUGGCCAUAGGAGGGUGGCCCGGUGCGGGUGGGUCCCGGAUGCCCCUUCCCAGCUCCUACCCCUCCCUCUCUUUCUCCGACUGUACCCAAGGCCUCUUUCUCCGAUAAAUAAAAGUCUUUGCCAUUUUA